CAUUCCUCCGAGAAAGACAUGACCGUCCCAUAGCUCGACCGCCGCAUUGUUUCCAUUAAUGGUUUAUUUUCACUCAUUAUCACCAUGCAGGUCGUUCUUUUGUGACUCUUUCGGUCUUUGGGUGUUUUAAGGCUAGUAAUUACCGUAAAUAAUGUCAGCUGGCGCGCCGGGCAAGCGAAAAGGAGGAAGAAGAAAGGGGAGGGGAGCUGACAUUAAAGCAACACAACAAGGAAACUACACUGCCUUCAUUUUAUCUUCAAUAAUGGCCUCGACCACGACGCGGCUCCCCCUUUAAAGACCGCAAACACUUCCAUUCACACUGGAGCUCAACGACCGAGCCCGCUCGGCAUCGAGUGCCGAGUUGGAGCGACUUGUUCCCAGCGUCCUCGGAGCCAUGAUGGAGCCGCCCAGUUCGCCACAAGCGGUGGAGGACGGAGGUGAGGAGGACGAGGACGAGCUGAGCGGAGGCGAAGAGGCCGACCUGCGCUCCACCUCGGGCCGCGGCUCCUUGCUCACCCGUAGAGGCAUCACGCUGCGAGUGCUCCUGAAGGACGGCCUGGUGGAGCCCGGUGACGGCGCCCUGGCCAUUCACUACUUGGGUAAGAACUUUAUAGGGGACCUGUUGAACGACGGGAAAAUCCGCUGGGUGGAGACGGGUCAGAUCUUCAACUCGCCCAGUGCAUGGGCCACCCACUGCAAGCGCCUGGUCAACCCGGCCAAGAAGUCCGGCUGCGGCUGGGCGUCUGUGCGCUACCGGGGACAGAAGCUGGUGCAGUACAAGACCACCUGGCUGCACAAGUACCAGCCCAGUGCAGACAUGAGCCUGGUGAGUGAGGAGGAUGAUGACGAGGAUGAAGAGGAAGGGAAAUCAGCUGUGCUGGCCGAUGAGAAGAACAAAAACAAUAAACCUGGAGGGCUACAUGAUGUUCUCGCGCCACGUAGAACAGACCGAGAGAGAAUUCCUGUCAGAUAUGGUUCUUUGGGCACCAGGGAUGCUGCCAGAGACCCUCACACGCUGGUGGAACUGUCGGCCUUUUCAGCCAUCAACAGAUUCCAGCCUUUCAACGUGGCCGUGUCCAGUAACGUGCUGCUGCUCAUGGACUUCCACUGUCACCUGACCACCAGUGAGGUGGUGGGAUAUUUGGGAGGACGGUGGGACACAAACACACAACUGCUCACCAUCUUGCGGGCCUUUCCUUGUCGGACCAGACUGGCUGACAGAGACGCUGCCUCUGCUGUUGAGGAGGAGAUCUGCCAGAACUGUUUCAUGCGCGGCUUGUCUCUGGUGGGCUGGUACCACAGUCACCCGCGAGGCCCAGCCUUACCCUCCCUGCAGGACAUCGACUCCCAGAUGGACCACCAGCUGAGGCUGCAGGGCUCCAACAACGGCUUCCAGCCCUGCCUGGGCGUCAUCUGCGGACCGUACUACCACGGCAAUCAAGGCGUGGCCUCCACCAUAACGCCAUUCUGGGUGCCACCACCUGAGCAAAGACCCAACGACUACGGCAUACCAGUGGCUGUGGAGGUCACCUACGUGCAAGACAACUUCCUCACCAGUGAUGUCCUCAACGAGAUGAUGCUGCUGGUGGACUACUACAAAGCUGCUCCUGACCUGGUCCACUUCAGUCAGUACUGGUGUCCUGAUACCACCAUGAUGGACAAGAUCAAGGGCUCUCUGAGCUGCCACGCCCCUAAGGAUCAAGCCUACUGUCAGAUCUUGGAGCACGUCUACAGUCAGCUGAGUGGCGUACAGGUGCCUUGAUGACACUUACUGUGAGUGCUAGUAAGAAAAGCCCACACACGGACAGCUCCAUGUCAACUGUUGUAAACUUUUCUCCAUGUGCCAUACCUUUUUUUUAAUUUAUUAUAGAGCACAGAACAUUGAUUCACAUUUCUAACCAAUACACACUGGAUUUAUUUAAAUCAAUUGUCUUUCUGUUGUAUUUAAACAAACAAAAGAAAUAUAGAUUCAAUUGUUUUUGUCUGUUUAUUGUAAGAAGUGUGGCGUCAGGAAAGAAGCACAUAAAAUACAUCGAUAAUAGACAAAUGCAUGGCAUUAAAUCCAUAGCAAGUAAAAACUUUUACAGGGCAUUAUAAUAAUAAUAAUAAUAAUAAAAGGACUACAUGCAUGUUUUAAGGGUUUGGAUAUAAAAAUAGUAAUAUUUUUAAGACUGACUAAAAACAAAACAUAGCCUUUUAUAACCAUACAAUGUAUGUCUUUUUUCCUAAACAUCCAAAUCAAUGCAAAGUAACGAGUGAAAAAAACGUUAGUCUUGUGUGUGCGCGGGAAAACAGUCUUGUAGUGUUUGUAGACGUUACACAGCAAAGUGCCACUUUGUUUAUUACAACUGAAGGACAGCCAUAAGUAGCUUUGUUAGCUUUUGGGGUCAUUAGUCACUCCUCCUGGUUCCAAAUAAAAGCCAGCAAUGAUUUGUUUGUUCCAAAGAGCUACAUUGCUGAGUCCACAUGUAA